ACAUAGCCAAUUAUUAAAGUUUGUAACGUAAACAGAACAUGCCAAUUCGUUACUAGCACAGCAACCAGCCGGUUGUGUAUUGGAGAGUAAACCCACUGCAACAUUUACAAUCCGAGUACGACGUUUCGGCAGUAAUUACAACCGGCAUCAUCAGGCGGCAGCCAGAUUUGUGGGGAAAUCUUCCUGUUUCGUUCCUUAAAUAGAGGCAUAGAUGUGAUGGCGUUACUCGUGAGCCCUUCACGUGAAUACAUAUAAAUUACAAUGGAUAUCCGUUACCGGUUGAGAUGUUUAAACGAAUCAUCUGGUGAUGCUGCUGCUGUUGAUGCGUUGGCAGUGGGUGAACGCCCGGACGAGCUGCCAUGAGCAAGAAAAAGAAUAAAAAUGCUGAGUUACCACUGGAUCAAUGCGUGUCGGAGGUGCACAAGUGUCUGCGAGAAAGACUGUGCCAUGGGGCGCUCACCGGCAUCCCGUUGUACAUGGAGCCCCAACGCAAGCAACGUAUGGGCCCUCAGCUGUCAAUUGAUGGGGCUUAAACAAGGCCACCCAAAUGCGGGAAGCCCUCCACCUCUCACAAGGAGUUGUUGUGACGUUAUGGAUCUGGCUGAAAGGCACUUGCUGGAGAUGCUCAAACGAACGGCCACACAGGGGGAAGGCAAUUCCGUGCUGGUGGUCGGCUCCCGUGGCUCGGGAAAAUCCAUGCUUCUGAAAGGCGUGCUGAAGGAGCUGCUGGAAAACAACUCCAUCCGAGAGAACCUCAUGCAGGUUCAUCUGAACGGCCUCCUGCAGAAGGACGACCGCAUUUCACUCGAGGAAAUCACGCGGCAGCUUCAGCUGGAGAACACAGUCGGGGACAAAGUGUUUGGGAGUUUUGCGGAGAAUCUCACCUUUUUGCUGACAGCAUUAAAAAGCGGCGAGCGGAGCAGUACUCGCCCCGUACUGUUUGUGCUGGAGGAGUUCGAUCUGUUCGUCCAGCACAAGAACCAGGCACUCCUCUACAACCUGUUCGACGUGGCAAAGUCUGCCCAGACGCCCAUUGCUGUAGUGGGACUCACAUGCCGCUUGGAUGUGCUGGAGCUGCUGGAGAAGCGUGUGAAGUCGCGCUUCUCCCAUCGGCAGAUCCACGUCUUCCCCUGCCCCAAGUUUGACGACUACGUCGCCGCGUUCUGCCAGACGCUUACGCUGCCGCAGGCCUUUCCGGACGUCGCUUUCGCCAAAAGUUGGAACGACAGCGUCCAGAUGCUGAGCGAGAACCAGGCGGUCAGGGAUGUGUUGAAAAAUCAGUACUUCAUGAGCAAAGACGUGCGUUCUCUCCACGCGAUACUGAUGCUGGCUCUGAGCCGAGUGACUCUGAGAGCCCCAAGGAUAUCCGCCGCUGCACUGCAGGAGGCCAGCCGGCUGCUGACAGCCGACUCUGUAACCAACCUCCUGCAAGGGGUGUCCGUGCUGGAGUUGUGUCUCAUCAUCGCCAUGAAGCACCUCAAUGACAUAUACGAUGGAGAGCCCUUCAAUUUCCAAAUGGUCUUCAACGAAUACCAGAAGUUUGUCCAGAGAAAAGCUCACUCGGUGUACAACUACAACAAGGCAGUGGUAAUGAAGGCCUUCGAGCGCCUGCAGGAGAUGGAGUUUGUGCAUUCGGCCGAAGGUCCGAGGGGGCGCGGGGCGGGCAGCGGCCAUGUGCAGCGCGAGUACCAGCUCAUGCGGCUGCUGGUCCACGACUCGCAGCUGACGGACGCCCUGCAGCACUACCCACAAUGCCCCACCGACGUGCGGCAGUGGGCCACCUCUUCACUCGGGUAGCUCGGAGAGGGGUUGGGGGGGGGGGGCGUCUCCCUCGUCUCGGCGUUCUUGUCGUCUCGUCUCCUGGUGGCUCCGUUGUUCACCGCGACUCUACCUCCAGAGCGACAAUGACUGCCGGCUUGCGGGUACUGGAGCUGGCUUCAAGCUCGCCCCGUGGCGAUGGCGAGAAUAUGGACUCUCUUGCGGAGGGGCUCGCUCGUAAUCCGGGGUGGCCACGUCGCACGCUCAGCCAGGCGAGAAGUUCACACGGAGCGGUUGAGAUGGGAAAAACCCCUCGCCGCCGCCGUCUGCAUUGACGCACCUGUCACCUGAAGGACCCCGGGGUGGUGUGGAUGGGGGUGGAGUUUUCCCACCCUUUCAAACGGCCACCUGAGAAAUCCCGAGGGGGGUAAGGGGGGUUGGAGAGGGGGGAGAUUUCCCCACCAUUUCAAACGGUCCUUAUAACAGAAGUAUACACAGUAGGCUUAACAUUUCGGAUAGUGGCUCUUCUGUUUUGAAGAAGGGUCAUUGCUAAGAAAAGAAAAAAAUCGUUAAUUGAUUUGUCUGCUGUGUUUAUUUGUUUCCUGUUGCGUGGCCAUGCUUUCAUUCCGUGUUUUUGGAAAACUACUUCAGCCAGUAAUGCAAAUUAUUUUCAACUGCAGAGUUGAUGGGAAUGUGAAAGCGAGCAAUGGGCUGCCACUAUUUCAGUGUGUGCACAGUAAAGUGGUGAUCGCCUUCACACAUUUUUUUGCCAUUCAUUAAGUAUUUUAAAGUAACUUAUACUCCGAUGAAAUAACGUGCUGUGUUUCUAACACUAAAUAAACGCUGCAACAGGACUUGCUUCGUGACAUUGGUGAGAUGCUCAUCGGCCGAGCUUAGGGGUGGCCAGUAGAUGGCAGUAAGUAGAUGACUGACCUAUCUGCAUGAUAAAUCCUUCAUAUGUUGAACUUCUUUAGCACCGUACGUAUGCAUCUCCGCAAAAAAAAAUCACGUUUCUUACCCAACUUAUCAGCUGCAUGGUCUGCUGAAUGUAUCAUUUCAAUAGCAUUAUUUUAAGAUGGGAAAACUGGACUGGUUGCAACACUUGUUUAAUCAACAGUCAGGCUUGCUUAAUGCUGGUGAACUGCCAAUAUCUGCAUCAUAGUUACAUAUCCUGUAGGAACUGCAGUUAUCUGCACGUGAAAAAAAAGGUUGAUAAGGAUUUGUCUAAAUAUCCCAUCUCACCUUGGACACAUGCAGCAGGACCCAAGCAAUGGCUGCACGCAAUGCGAUGGGUGAUGUAGGUGCCUCACAUCCGAGUUGGGGGGGGGGGGGCCUUGACAACCACCAUGAGAUAUGGCUUCAAUAACCUCGUAAAAUAACUUUUUUAAAUGAUGUGAUUAGGCAAGAUGAGCCACGAUAUAAACCCUAGGCGUGACCGUGCGAGACAUCAAAUAUUUGGGCACCCCCUUAAGCUGAAGAUGGACGCUUGUGUUGUGCCCGAAGCGUCGUGAUUUAUUUUAUACCUACGUGACUUUACCGAAAGAACCAAAGAGUAUGAAAAUGUAAGUGACACCACUGGCGAUGCCACAAGCAUUUGCAUGUAAAUUGACCCGAUCCACCAUGCAACAACCGUUGCAUGCACACCACACGACUUGAAACAAUACGCAACAACCAAUCACAAGCCAUGGUGGUGCCAGGCUGAGUGACCACAGUUCCUGCAGGUAGUUGGUAAUUAGCAGAGUGUUGGUGGCUUAUCGCGUGCGUAAGCAGCGGUUUUUUUAGAGCGAUAUACGAAGUUGCAAGCUCAAGUCCCACACCACUGCUUGCCUGAGAUACUCCAAACAAGGCGUAUGGAGGGGGUAUAUACAUCAAUUUUAACACAUAAAACACAUUCCUGCGGAGGGAGCUGGUAGGAACGUUGGGUUGCUCGGUCAAUGGCCAGGGUCAACGGCGGCGUGGUGUAUUCCGCAAAUAUGCCCGACUGAGGGCGGGCACAAGCCGGCGUGAGUAGGUUAAACGUUGAGUUUUAAGGGCACCACGGGGUGACCAGCCCCUCUCCACCCAGCCCCACCCCUCCCAUUUUUUGAUGCACGACGGACGGACACAACCAGGAGGUUCCUACCAGUAAAACAUUGUUAUUGUUUAUUCUUUUAAGUUAA